AUGGCGUGGAGGAAAAAAGUUCUGCAGAUUAAAGCGGGAAAGUUUGAACUGAAGAAAUUGCAGAAUCUUAAAGUAACUAAGGAGCUAGUAUUGGCAUUGGAUCCACUCCUUGAAGAUGUCUAUGCCAACCGACGUCCAAAACCAAAGGAUUAUGAAGUUCGAAGAGAAUUGGUUUGCGUCUUUAAUAAGAUUGCCGAAGAAAUUUAUGGUCGCACAAAAAACAUACCUGUGGUUGUGGAAUUUGGUUCUUUUGUAAUGGAUCUUUUCAGCACCAGCAGUGAUCUAGAUCUCUCCGUGAACUUUAGAAGCACUAGCGAUCCUUUUCCGCGUGAAAAAAAGAUUCAGACUUUGAGAAAGUUUGCAAGAAAGCUAUAUGCUUUACAGAGUAUAGGGCAUGUUUAUGGAGUUCUUCCUAUUACCACUGCCAAGGUACCUAUUCUCAAAUGCGUCGACCGUGGGACUGGAGUUGAGUGUGAUAUAUCAGUUGAAAAUAGAGAUGGGGUUUUGAAAUCUCAGAUUAUUCACAUUAUCUCCUCCAUUGAUGAAAGGUUUCAUAAACUUAGCUUUUUGAUGAAAACAUGGGCAAAAGCUCACAACAUCAACAGUUCAAAAGAUAAAACCCUGAAUUCUCUUUCCAUAAUCCUUUUGGUUGCUUUUCACUUACAGACUCGGGAGCCACCCAUUCUUCCUCCGUUUUCGUGUAUAUUUAAGGCAGAUGGUACAGAUCCAGAAAAGUUGGUUGAGUCGGUGCGCAAAUUUUCAAAUUAUGGAAAACGAAAUAAAGAAUCAUUGUCUGAGCUCUUCAUCACUCUAUUGUUCAAGUUAUCGUCAGUCGAGAAACUCUGGCCAAAAGGACUGUGCGCCAGCCCAUGCAGCGGAUCCUGGACCUCCAAAACCUGGGACUCGAAAGUCACGUGCAUAAGUGUGGAGGAUUUCACGGACCCCUCCCAGAACGUCGCGAGGGCUGUGGGCCCCUCGGAGGUGAAGAGGAUAUACAAAUGCAUCAAUGUCUCCAUACGGCACGUUCUCUCCUUUAUGGACGGGAAGAUUGGAGGUGAAGAAGUGAAGGAACUUUUGUUUAGGCAAGAGGGCGCACAGUUUUCCAGGAGAGGACAUAAUCAUAAACCUGCUAAUCCGCGGUGGGUUGGGAAAAGAAAGAAGCGGCAUUUUGAGGAGAAAAGUAUGGUGGAGCGAAAAAAGGCACGGAUGUCUAGUAGAAACACAAAGAAUGGUGCUCAAGGCACAAUCGAAGAACCUUAUGUUGGUGACACGGUGAAAAGGCCAACAACGGGAGGCGGAUGGGAAGAGAGCGGUGGUGGUGGUGGUGGUGGUGGUGGUGGUGGGUGGGAUGAGAUCGGUUGGCCGUCCAAAGGUGGCGGAUGCUGGGGAGGGAAAGCACAGCAUGAUGCUGAAAAACAAGGCUGGAGAGGAGAUUCGUGGUGA